GAGGCUGUACUGGAAAUCAUAAAGUGAAGUCCCUGCUGUCCCCGGAGUCUGCCGGCAGCAAAGCUUUGGGCCGCUGGUGUGUCGAAGGCUCCCAAAUCAGAGAGUGGGUUAGAAGUGAAGAAAAGCAUUCACAGAAGACCUUGUGGCCUUUGGUCCCUGGUAGCCAUGGAAGAGGAACGCUACCCCCAUGGUCUGCUGUCCCUGAACCUAGAGCUCUGGCAACUGGAAGCCAGUGCGGGUCCUGCACAGGGUGUCCCCGCAGCAGCCGAGGUUCGCCUCUUCACUGAGGGAAUUCCUGGCAUUGGGGCAGACGGUCAAUCCGAGGCCAUCCUGGAGGAGGAUGGUGGCGAAACCCUGAACCUAGGGGUAAACAUGCGCCAUGGAAUUGCCCCUAUCCACCACGAGGAGAAUCACGUUGACCAGCAGCCUGAGCAGCUCUCCCAGGCCCAACAGGAUACUGCAGAUGCCAGGGGCCGAAGGCGAGGCCGACCCAGGCGGCAGCGAAUGCAGUUUAGCUUCAUGCGGUGGCAGGUGCAGGAAAUGGAAAGUGUUUUCCAAGAAACUCAGUACCCGGAUGUACUAACGAGGUCACUCACCGUGGAGCAUCUGCUGUUUUCUCUCCACAGAUGGAAGCUUGCAAGAGACCUGAACGUACCAGAGUCCAGAGUGCAGGUUUGGUUUAACAAUCGGAGAGCCAAGUAUAGGAAAAAUCAGAGGAAAGCACUGCUCAGGAAUGUACCACCUGAUUCCCUGGACCGCAUUCUCAUGGAUGCGGAGGCAGAGCUGUUCUAGGAUGCUGUCCUUGUG